AUGCAGAAGGAGAAGGAAGGGGGCAGGAUGUUGAUGAGGGGGAUGAAGAAGGAGAAGGAAGGGGGCAGAAUGUUUAUUAGGGGAAUGCAGAAGGAGAAGGAAGGGGGCAGGAUGUUGAUGAGGGGGAUGCAGAAGGAGAAGGAAGGGGGCAGGAUGUUGAUGAGGGGAAUGCAGAAGGAGAAGGAAGGGGGCAGGAUGUUGAUGAGGGGGAUGCAGAAGGAGAAGGAAGGGGGCAGGAUGUUGAUGAGGGGAAUGCAGAAGGAGAAGGAAGGGGGCAGGAUGUUGAUGAGGGGGAUGCAGAAGGAGAAGGAAGGGGGCAGAAUGUUUAUUAGGGGGAUGCAGAAGGAGAAGGAAGGGGGCAGAAUGUUUAUUAGGGGGAAUGCAGAAGGAGAAGGAAGGGGGCAGGAUGUUGAUGAGGGGGAUGCAGAAGGAGAAGGAAGGGGGCAGAAUGUUUAUUAG